AUGGCGCACGACACUCCACCAGUUUACAUGUCCAAUACUCGACAAUUGCAAGGUUUUCUAAGCCUAAAGAAAAUCGAACAACUACGUCUCUGUGUGGAGAUUACGGAGAACAAAGCAAGAGAGAAGAUUAAAACAUUUUUUAGCUUUAGCUCAGAAGCAGAAGCAGAAGCUUCAGUAGUUGAGUCCAGAGACGAAAAUUAUAGUGGGAGUUACGAUGGUUGCAGUUUGGAGAAGGAACAAGAGGACAAUGAGAAUGACUGCUCUAGUAAUGUCGAAGGAGAAAAACAUGACGUAGUCGGAGAAGAUGAAAUAGACGGUGCGUCAUAUAAAGAUGAUAACUUCAGCUCAUACGGUGAGUCUCCUACAGAUGACAAAGAUUCACCAACGCUACCUCCCAAGAAGAGAUAUCAGAACUUCUCGAUGAGCGGAUCUAAAGGGAAUCUGGAGGUUCUAAGUUUGGAGAUGUCGUUGAUAGACAUUGCGGUAGGUCAACGAUACGAUAGUAAAGACGAUUUGGAGAGACGACUGAAACUUCUUACAGUGAGGUAUAAAUUUGAUUUUGAUGUAGAAACAUCAACCCCGACAUCAUACGUUGUUAAGUGUUGGGUUGAUGGAUGUCUCUGGAGAGUUCGCGCUUCUACCCAAGGAGAAUCCAAGGCGUUUUAUUUUCAUAUUUACGAUUCGAAGUAUACAUGUUCCUGCACAAAACGUUCUAAUCGAUCUCGACAAGCAACACCAGAUAUUUUAGGUAUGUUGUACAAGAACUUUCUUGGCGACAUUGGUCCGGCCGUUCGCCCUACGAGCGUCGGAAUAGCUAUCACUAAGCAGUUUGGUAUAAAGAUGGAUUAUUGGAAAUCACACCGGACGCUGAAAUUUGCAAGGGAAAUCGAUGAGGGAACACCUGAGUGUGGGUUUGAAAGCUUGCCUUCUUACUUAUACAUGAUAAGAAGGGCCAAUCCGAGUACAGUUACGCGUCUUCAAAUCGAUGAGCUUGGAAGAUUCAUGUAUGUGUUUCUUGCCUUUGGUGCGAGCGUAAAUGGGUUUCCUUUCAUGCGCAAAGUUGUUGUAGUCGACGGUACGUUUCUCAAUAGUAAAUACAAAGGGACGCUACUCAAAGCACUAGCUCAGGACGGUAACUUCCAGAUUUUUCCAAUAGCCUUCGCCGUGGUUGACACAGAAAAUGAUGAUUCGUGGCAUUGGUUUUUUACGCAACUAAACUUCUGA